AUGACUCACGUUGAGAUCCAGUACCGGUUCUUCAUGUACAGUAGCACCGAGCCAGAUACUCGUCGUUUAGUGGUGCGUCUGGGCACAUUUGAGCACGUUGUGAGCCCGAGCCGACCUGAAGAGCAAGAAGUCGACUACGAGGUGAUGACCAGAAAUUACGUCAAGAUGCCUCACUGA